AUGGGCAGCCUGCAAGCUGACCCGCUCGAUAGGCUUGUGUCAGGAAAGCGGGAGUUUGGAGAGUUCGGUGGUGUUAAUGCUUCUGUUGAAAUAAGCACAACCUUUACAGUGCUGGAAGCGGAUACUCUGCCGGCUAUUUUCAGUGGAGAAGUCGGCCCUGAGAAAGGUGGCUGCUAUGUGUACGGCAGGGCGUUCAAUCCAACUGUACGGCAUUUGGGACGCCUUCUAGCCGCGCUGGAGGGCUGCGAAGCAGCGUACCCCUGCAGCUCGGGCAUGGCGGCCAUUUCCAGCACUCUUAUGGCCCUGUGCAACCAGGGCGACCACAUCGUGGCGUCUAACACCAUCUACGGCGGCAGCCAUGCGCUGCUCAAGACGUUCCUCCCCACCAAGGCCGGCGUCACCACCACCUUCGUGGACAUCACCGACCUAGAGGCGGUGCGGUCGGCGCUGCAGCUGCACCCGGGCCGUACCAAGGUGGUUUAUACGGAGGUGGUGUCCAACCCCACACUCCGUGUGGCGGAUAUUCGGGCGCUGGCUGAACUGACCCACGGGUCGGGAGCUCAGCUGGUAGUGGACAACACCUUCACACCCUUUGUGGUGACACCCAAGCGCUUCGGAGCUGAUGUGGUCAUUCACAGCCUGACGAAGUUCGUGUCGGGAGCAUCGGACAUCAUCGCAGGCGCCAUCUGCGGCUCAGCCGCCUUCAUCCACUCGCUGAUGGACUUCCACGCGGGCCCCUGCAUGCUGCUGGGACCCACUAUGGACCCGCGGGUCGCUUCGGAGCUGGCGUUACGGCUGCCUAAUUUGGCGCUGCGCAUGCAGGAGCAUGGCCGCCGUGCUGCUACCUUUGCCUCCCGUCUUGAAGGUCUCGGAGCGGCGGUGACGUACCCAGGGCUGCCCAGCCACCCGCAGCACGGGCUCAUGGUGUCUCAGGCCAACGAGGGCUACGGGCUGGGGGGCUUGCUGGGAAUGGACCUGGGUACACCCGCCCGGGCGAAUGCGUUUAUGGAGCGGCUCCAGAACCGCCACGGGUUUGGUUUCAUGGCCGUCAGUCUGGGGUACUUCGACACGCUCAUGUCGUUGUCGGCCGCGUCCACCUCCUCGGAGCUGUCGGAGGGCGACUUGGCGGUCUCGGGAAUCGGGCGGGGCUACGUGCGCAUGUCCAUCGGCAUCACUGCAGGUACCUUGGAGGAUCGUUGGAGGCAGCUGGAGGAGGCUUACCGCUUCGUAAUGCAG